AUGGGUUUAACUCCAUAUUCACCAGUACCACAACGCCAUAUACUCACGGCUAUAUCACCCGCAGUUCGUGGUACCAUGCUUGUGGAGCAAAAACCCUUCGUUCCUCAGCCGUAUGGGACUCGCUGGUACGAUCGUUCAUGGAUGAACUCCAAUCAACGCGCUGGAUCUUGGAAAGCGGCGGAGAAACGAUUGAAAAUUGUGCUGCUUCCUAGAGUUUUCGGGAAAGGAAGAAAACUAAACGAGAACGAGAUGAAACAGAAAUCGGAGAGACAGGAGGACGACAUUAAACUUUUAACGGAGGCGAGGGGUUUCUACCGCGCGGAACGAGAUUUUUUCAAAGCCUUGUAUGGCAGAGAUCUGGGAUUGGACCGUAUAGCUUAG